AUGUCUCAGUCUCUACUUUCAAUGUGCGAUCAUUCCUCUGUCUGCUUCUCGUCUUCGCCUCACGCCACCGAGGCGGCUUUCAAACCUCCGGGUCCACGUGAGCGGGUUGGGGCGAUCAAAGGAAAUAAUCCAAUCGAGCAGAAAAAAGACAUCCUAUAUCUAAAAGAUGACCCGUCAAGCUUCCCUGCUCCUUUGUUGCUACCUGAAGAUGAUCUUUUCGAAGACCAAGAGGCUUACACCCAGAGCUUUCAAGAAUGGAAGGACGGAGAAGACCGCAAUCCGGUUACUGCAAAACGGAAGACUGUUUACGUCGUACCGACUCCGGAGAUUGAUGCAGAAGUUUCUUUCAUGCGAAUCUGGAGCAAACCACACUCCUCCAAAAUAAGGCAAGAGACGCAGGCCCCUGGUACGAAAGACGUUCGGGAUUAUCUGGCUGCUUUCUAUCAUGGCCUAGAAGUCAAGAUGAUGCAGUCGCCAGUCCUGCGUUUCAUACCUUGGGAAGAAGGUAGCCUUCGGUCUAAGUCAUCGGCUGGUUCGCGUGUGCCAAAAUACGUGGGUCUAGCAAUUGGCGGCGAGUGCGUGAGGAUUCGGGCACGUCGCUCUCCAGAUGGUCUGUAUGAUGGCCAGCUAAAUCUUGACGAUCUUCUCGAUGCCGCAAUUAGCCUUUUACCAAAAGAUGCAUAUUCACUGUUGCUGCUCGUGGAUUUUGAUCUCUACGAGGAUGAGGACGACAUAUUCGUCUGUGGCCGUGCAUACGGAGGCAGCCGUGUUGCUGUGGUGUCCAGCACGCGAUACAAUCCCAGCCUAGACGAGAUCCAGCAUAUUGAUCGUCUCCAUUCUUGGCCAGCAUCGCAUUGCGAGAAAUACAUGUCUACAUUUGGAUCAGCAUCAGCUCCGCCCAGCACAAAACGACGGAAACAAUCCCAACACAGGACCCGCGGAGCGCAAAAUUCGUCGUCACCACUGGAUCCUCCAGUUGGACCUAUGAAACAAGCGAUAUCAGCCUACCGGUCGCUCCCCCAUGUACCGUCAUCACUGUCGCCCCUUUGGUUAGGUCGGGUUUGCCGUACAGCAAGCCACGAAUUGGGACAUUGCUUUGGCAUGGCUCACUGCGUGUACUACGCAUGCUCAAUGCAAGGCACCGCAUCUGUUUGCGAAGAUGCGAGACAGCCACCAUAUCUGUGUCCAGUAGACCUGGCCAAGGUCCUUCAUGCGACCUCAACCACUGCAUCCGAUCGAUACCGUGCCCUUCUGGCGUUUUGCAAGAGACCUCAGAACAAGAAUACUCAUUUCUUUGAGCCUUUUGCAGCGUGGCUUCGAUCACGAUUGAGUGAAAGCGAGAAUUUCUGA